AAACCUGGGAAAUGAAAUGCAGAUAGUGGUGUGUGUGAGAGUCUCCUUCUUCCCCGGGCACUGUGAACAGAAAUAAUAGGAGAGAGCAGUUUUAAACACAUAUAAGGAAUGGGUCAGCUCGCUCUUCAGAGAGUCUCGCCGUUGCCUUCGCUUCCAAGACGCCUUCCUUCUCUUCCGCCACCGUCUUCCUAUUCUCCGUCUCUCCUUUUUGCAACCGCUUCUCGCCGUCCCCGCCGUCACGGAUUCUACCUCGUCAGAGCAAUGUCAUCCCACAUCGUCGGGUAUCCCCGUAUCGGACCCAAAAGAGAGCUCAAGUUUGCAUUGGAGUCCUUCUGGGACGGGAAAACCGCUGCUAAUGAUUUGCAAACUGUUGCUGCUAACCUGAGAAACUCCAUAUGGAAACACAUGGCUGAUGCAGGGAUCAAGUAUAUCCCCAGCAACACUUUUUCAUACUAUGACCAGAUGUUGGAUACAACAGCGAUGCUUGGUGCUGUUCCGUCUAGAUAUGGUUGGAAAAAUGGUGAGAUUGGGUUUGAUGUUUACUUCUCCAUGGCUAGGGGAAACGAUUCUGUUCCUGCUAUGGAGAUGACCAAGUGGUUUGAUACAAACUACCAUUACAUUGUUCCUGAGUUGGGUCCUGAUGUUGAAUUCUCCUAUGCAUCUCACAAGGCUGUGGAUGAAUUUAAGGAGGCCAAAGCACUUGGCAUUGACACAGUCCCCGUGCUCAUUGGUCCCAUGACCUACUUGCUACUCUCAAAACCAGCAAAGGGUGUUGAUAAAUCUUUCUGCCUUCUUUCUCUGAUUGACAAGAUUCUUCCCAUCUACAAAGAAGUUUUUGAUGAUCUAAAAUCUGCUGGCGCACGAUGGAUUCAGUUCGACGAGCCUAUACUUGUAAUGGAUCUUGACACCAACCAAUUACAAGCAUUUUCGGAUGCCUACUCUCACAUGGAGUCAUCUUUGGCGGGGUUGAAUGUUCUUAUCGCCACAUACUUCGCAGACGUUCCUGCUGAAGCGUACAAGACACUAACCUCGUUGAAGUGUGUAACCGGGUUUGGAUUUGACUUCGUCCGUGGACUGGAGACUCUUGAUUUGAUCAAAGGGGAUUUUCCUCGUGGAAAGCUACUAUUCGCUGGAGUUGUUGAUGGAAGGAACAUUUGGGCCAAUGAUCUUUCUGCUUCACUCAAGACACUACAGUCUCUUGAAGAGAUUGUUGGCAAAGACAAAGUUGUAGUCUCUACUUCGUGCUCUCUGCUCCAUACGGCUGUGGACUUGGUGAAUGAAGUUAAACUUGAUAAAGAACUCAAAUCAUGGCUUGCAUUUGCUGCACAGAAGGUUGUUGAAGUUAAUGCACUUGCUAAAUCAUUCUCUGGAGUUAAGGAUGAGGCAUUGUUUUCUUCUAAUUCCAUGGGACAAGCUUCUAGAAGAUCAUCUCCAAGGGUGACAAAUGCCGCUGUACAGCAGGAUGUUGCUGCAGUGAAGAAAUCUGAUCACCGCCGUUCUACAGAAGUAAGUGCUAGGCUACGAUCCCAGCAGAAGAAGCUGAACCUCCCUGCUCUUCCAACAACUACAAUUGGAUCUUUUCCUCAGACCGCAGAUCUCAGACGAAUACGCAGAGAGUUCAAGGCCAAAAAGAUAUCAGAUAUUGACUAUGUUCAGGCUAUCAAAGUAGAAUUUGAAAAGGUUAUCAAGCUUCAGGAAGAGCUUGGGAUUGAUGUAUUGGUGCAUGGGGAGGCAGAGAGAAACGAUAUGGUGGAGUUUUUUGGUGAGCAGCUGUCUGGCUUUGCGUUCACAUCAAACGGGUGGGUCCAAUCGUACGGUUCCCGCUGUGUCAAGCCACCUAUCAUCUACGGUGAUGUCACACGACCAAAGGCAAUGACUGUCUUCUGGUCGUCAAUGGCGCAGAAGAUGACCCAACAUCCUAUGAAGGGGAUGCUCACUGGCCCUGUUACAAUUCUCAAUUGGUCCUUUGUUAGAAAUGACCAGCCCAGGCAUGAGACGUGUUUUCAAAUUGCACUUGCUAUCAAAGAUGAGGUGGAGGACCUUGAGAAGGCUGGUAUCACUGUGAUUCAGAUUGAUGAAGCUGCAUUAAGAGAGGGGUUGCCGCUGAGGAGGUCCGAGCAAGAGUUUUACCUUGACUGGGCCGUACACGCGUUCAGAAUCACAAACUGUGAUGUGCAAGACACUACUCAGAUACACACUCACAUGUGCUACUCAAAUUUCAACGACAUCAUCCACUCAAUCAUAAACAUGGAUGCUGAUGUGAUCACUAUCGAGAACUCACGUUCAGAUGAGAAGCUCUUAUCAGUCUUCCACGAAGGAGUGAAAUACGGUGCAGGAAUCGGUCCAGGGGUUUAUGACAUCCACUCUCCUCGUAUCCCAUCUGCUGAAGAAAUAGCUGAGCGUAUCAACAAGAUGCUUGCAGUUCUGGACAGCAAAGUCCUUUGGGUGAACCCUGACUGUGGCUUAAAGACGCGGAAGUACUCUGAAGUUAAAUCCGCACUUAGCAACAUGGUUGCUGCUGCCAAGCUAGUCCGCUCUGAGCUGAUAAAGUCUUAAAGCCUUCCCACAAAGAAGUGAAUAAAAGAGGAAGAAGAAAAGGAACCUGGAAGAUCAGCGACAAGGAUCUCGGCGUCUGGUUCAGAGGUCCACCUAGUGGCAGGCUCAAAUUCUUGGUAAACUCUUUCUGUUCCAAAGUUAGCCAUUCCUCUUCUUUUACUUUGGUUUAUAAGUAAUGUGUUUGUGUUGUGAGAGAGCAGAGAAAGAUAUCAAAUGAUUUUAUAGGUGAAGAAGAUUAUUAGACAGCAAAGAGUUUUGUUUGAUUUGGUUUUAGUUUGAAGAAACGAAGGCUAAAUUCUUUGGGUUUUCCAACUUGCUCUUUUCUCUUCUUUGAGUUUUCUUUGUCUUGAAGAUUUUAAUUAUUCUUUGGAUUGAGUUUAAUAUUAAGUAUCUCUUUUUAUUAUUUGCCUGUCGACUAAAUUAGAGUUUCAACAUAUGGGAUAAUUAUUUAUUAUAUUCUAUAUUAUUAUUCUAUGCAUGAAAACAAUAGUUUCUUAUACACAUGCAACGUUGGAGGAUGAUGAAUCCAAACACCAAAAUCACCAAUUGCCUAUUGAAGCCCAAAGAAAAGCCCAACCUUAUGAUCCAUUAGAAGCUUUUACACUAGGGUUAUAGACUCAUAUAUAUAUGUCGUUAACAGUUCUGAAGUUGUAACCAAGGCUGCGUUUCUAGCAGCCAAACCUUCAUCUUUAUGAAUAUCAGUUUUAUAAACA